UUCGUCGCAUUGGCAAACUCACAAAACUGAUAAUUUUAGAAUUUCGCGUUUCUUUUAACCGAAAUAAUUUGAACAUUUCUGGUUUUUGCAGUUUUUAUUUACUUUAUAUCUACAUUUACAAUUUUCAAAUCAAUCGCAUUCUUUUAAAAACCACGAUUUUAAAGUGAUUGAUUUGACUCUUGUAGUGAAACAAAUUUCAAACGUUCCAGUCUGAAGUGUGUAGCUAGCUCGAUAUAACUGUCAAUCUGGGUGUAGAAAUUUAUUUUGUAAUUUUCACCGGUUCUCAUGUGUAAUUUCUCAAUGUGUUAGACAAUUUUUGAACAAAGGUUCUUCGAGAAAUAAUGUUAUUUAGUGUAUGUGGUGCUUAAAUUUGUGCAAAAAUGGAUGACGGUACAAUAAAGAUUCAAUCCGGAAUUAAUAUCAACAUAAAAAGAACAGAUGGCCGGAUCCAUUCAGCGAUCGUCUCCGGGGUCAACUUGGAGACGAGGUCAGUUACAGUGGAAUGGUACGAACGAGGCGAGACCAAGGGCAAGGAGGUGGAGAUUGAUGCCAUCCUAGCCCUCAACCCGGAGCUUGCAGUCGGCCCCAGGCAUCACACACCACACCUACAGCCGAUGCCUAACAAACUAGCCAGGGACCCAUCUGGCUCGUCGUCGGACGACGGCGGCUUCUUGCGGGAGAGCGCCGAGGGAGAUGGAGCCGCAGACUCCGGACACACGCUGCCCGUGCGCAACUCACGAUCGGACAUGACGCGGCAAUCUAUACCGGUGGCGACAAAAGCAGCGCCGUCCAGGGUGACACGCAACAAUCAAAUGCGGUUGUCGAACGCGGCCGGUGCGUACACGAACGGGCAUGGCGGCGACACGACGGGCCGGCGCGGCGCUGAGAACGUGCCGCCGCCGCAACAGCCGCCCCAGCCCACACCUACCAACACAAGGAUCACGCAGCAGCCGCCCCCGUCAGGCGGCCGGUCCCGGGCCGGUAGCACGCCCAGUGCCGCCUCCGUGCCGCAAGGCUUGCAGCAAUCGCCGUACAUGCCACACCUGCAGCGAAGGAUCCACAAUGUUAAAGAGUUCACGGCGAGUAGCGUGGCGGGCGGGGGCGCGGCGGCGCGGCCGGCGGGCGUGUCGUCCACGGUGUCGGUGCCGCACGCCGUGGCCUCGGGCGCCGUGCGCCGCUCCAACGUCGUCAAGGAGGUCGAGCGGCUCAAGGAGAACAGAGAGAAGCGCCGGCAACGACAGGCCGAGCUCAAGGAGGAAAAGGAAGCAUUAAUGAACAUGGACCCUGGCAACCCUAACUGGGAGUUUUUGGCAAUGAUCCGCGAGUACCAGAACAGUAUCGAGUUCCGACCGCUGACGGGCAACGAACCAGUGGAGGACCAUCAGAUCACAGUCUGCGUCAGAAAGAGGCCGCUCAACAAGAAGGAGAACUUAAAAAAAGAGGUGGACGUAAUCAGUGUACCGACAAAGGACCAGAUGAUAGUGCACGAGCCCAAGAACAAGGUGGACCUCACCAAGUACCUCGAGAACCAGAAGUUCCGGUUCGACUACGCUUUCGACGAUUCCUGCACAAACGAAGUUGUCUACAAGUAUACGGCUAAGCCGUUAGUGCAGACGAUAUUCGAGGGUGGCAUGGCGACCUGCUUCGCGUACGGACAGACUGGCUCCGGCAAGACGCAUACCAUGGGUGGCGACUUCCAGGGCAAAACACAAGACUGCAAGAAAGGUAUAUACGCAAUGGCGGCGCGGGACGUGUUCGCGUAUCUCAAGUCGCCUAAAUACAAGCCAUUGAACCUUAUAGUGUCCGCAUCCUUCUUUGAAAUAUAUUCUGGAAAGGUGUUUGACUUGUUGGCGGACAAGGCGAAGCUGCGCGUGUUGGAGGACGGCAAGCAACAAGUGCAGAUCGUCGGACUCACCGAGAAGGUCGUGGACAAUGUCGACGAGGUGCUCAAACUUAUACAACAUGGAAACGCCGCGCGGACAUCCGGACAGACAUCGGCGAACUCGAACUCGUCCCGGUCGCACGCAGUGUUCCAGAUCGUGGUCCGGUCGCCGGGCAUGCACCGCGUGCACGGCAAGUUCUCGCUGAUCGACCUGGCCGGCAACGAGCGCGGCGCCGACACGUCGUCGGCCAGCCGCCAGACGCGCAUGGAGUCCGCAGAGAUCAACAAGUCGCUGCUCGCGCUCAAGGAGUGCAUCCGCGCGCUCGGCAUGAAGGGACAGAACCAUCUGCCCUUCCGCGUCUCCAAACUGACACAAGUCCUACGUGACUCCUUCAUCGGCGACAAGUCCCGCACGUGCAUGAUAGCCAUGAUAUCCCCCGCCAUGUCGUCAUGCGAGCACUCCCUCAACACGUUACGUUACGCGGACCGAGUCAAGGAGCUGGGCAGCGCAGACCCGGCCCGACGACACGACGAUGCCGAUGUGGACAUGGACCAACCUCCUGCACAUGAUCUGGCACAGCUACGCUCUCUUAACGAGGGCGACAUGUCUGCGGAGAUGUACACGUUCCACGAGGCCAUCGACGAGAUGCAGCGCGCCGAGGAGGAGGUGCUGGACAACCACAAGGCCAUCUCCGACUACCUGCAGCACGCGCUGCAGCGCUGCAACCAACUGCUCGCCAUCACACGGGACGUCGACUACGACCAGGAUGCGUACGCGACGCAGUGGGAGGAGUUACUGAACGAGCAGUUGGCAGUGCUGGCCCAGUCGCGGGACCUGGUGGCGGAGUUCCGAGCCAAGAUGCAGCAGGAGGAGCACAUCUCCCGGCGCAUACAGCCGCCCCCGCGGCACCACUAGCGGGUCUACUACACCCACUACUACCGGAUCGUGUCUCAUCAUCACUCAUGGAACACCUGUCUAAUGAUCCAUCUCCGCCAUCUCCGGAUGGAGCAUGCCAUUUAUUGAAUACGUCGUGAGGUACCCUUCCCGUACCGAACGACACGAAUCGUCCACUAGGAGACAGGUCGCUACUACCGGCUUACUUGUUAGUAUUACGACGAGGUAUCUUUAGAACAGACUGACCGCUAGUCGUUUCGUUUUCGCCUUCAUUACAAUACAACACUAACUGCUAAGGUGCAUCUGUUUUCCAAGAUGCAUCUAAAUGUCUUGAAUGCUCCUUUACAAAAUGUACAAAGUGGAUGAUUUUGAAGUUGAAUUAAAAUAAGAAUCUUUGAGAGUGGAGCUUUAGACAAAAGAUUUGUAAGAAGUUAAGAAUCUCGUUGUUCACUUGUUAGAAAAUCGAAUUUUAUUCCCUUGUCGUAUCGACGGCGACGUUGCGUAAAGUGCGCUAAUGCAGCCAUAAGAUGGCGGUCGGGCACGUGACAACUAGCUGACAUAGAUGUGUGUAUCUGUGUAUAAAGCAAUCAGUAUUGAGACAAAUUCAAUAUUUGGUGACCGUGUGUAGCUGGCCUACUGUAUAAUCGCUUCAAUUUUGAUUUGCCUGCGUUUUGGAUACAUGAGCGAGUUGUGACCUCUUUGUUCGAUAUUAAUGUAAAGCUUAGUAUACCGAGGUAUGUGCCGUCGUGUUGGAAACGAGAGACUGUUUACUGUACUGUAGUGUUUGAAGCACAAAUGUUGGCCGAGUGUGAGACUACACGUGCUAUUACGAGUAUCCUUAGUAAAUAUCUACCUUUAGUUUCUGUAAUACUUUAUACAGUACUGAAGUCUGCGGCGGUAUCAAUUCACUUAUCGACAAUAUACGUAAUUUGUGUUGAGAUUUUGCCCUAACAUUUAGUUGUAUUAUUAUAUUUAACGGUGCUCGGCAAGUGAAUUGAUUCCUUCGCGCGUACUAAAGAUACAAAGUAUAUGUUAGACAUCGGUAGAUACGUUUGUCGAUCGAUACCUAACAUGUAAUCGAAUCAUGUAAUUGUAAGGUGCGAGACAUUACCCUAUUAACGUUAAGUCACUUAUUCUGGAUGCAUUUAACUUUCGCUAAAGGCCUAUCGUCGAACUGUAGAUAUUUUUAUAUACCGGGAGAUUUGGAAGUACAAACGUGACAGUGAGGCGGUCCCAGUGAUUGUGAUGUAGUUCCUCAUUGGCGUGACUAGAUGGCAGGCGGGGACUCCCGCACCCAGGCAAGCUACGGAAAUAUACGCUAACACUCUACUGCUUCUCGGAACUUUGUAGCCUUUUAUUUUACUAGAAUCGCGAGUCUAACUUCAAAUUAUUAUGUUAGGGGUCGUUUUUUAGACCAAAACUGCGUUUAUUUUGGAGCCAUUCUUAGAAUAGAGGUAGAAGGCGCAGACCGCGUGCGUUUGUCGAAAGCCCUAGUUGCGCCAAUGUUUUAAACAUGUAACUAUGAUUCUGUCCAUCAUGUAGACCUGUAACUUGGUACCUUUUAUUUUCACACUUGGCUGCGCUGGAUUCAGCCAAGCGUUGUUGAUUAUUGGUGAUGAUAUUUUUGAGCUUUUACUAUAGUUCUUCAACUUGGCCUCUUGCCCAUUAAGCCAAGAUUGACAGCUUUGACGGAUUAGUUACUGUGUUGCUGUGAUUGUUUUCAUGACAAAAUUGUUUAUGUGUAAUGUGUUUGGCGUAACGAAGUACUCGGAAUGUUGUGAAAUACUUGUUUUAAAAUUAGAUAUUUUGAAUGACAAUUGCGAAUUAAUACUUUACGCAUCGAACGAGGAUUGUUUUUGUCUUGAUCUUGUAAUAAUUAGAAGCCGAUCAUUUAUUGUGUCAGAUAUGAUCAUUUGUUUCUGUAAAUCAACGAAGUAUUUUACAUUUGAUUGAGACAAAAAUGAUCUUUAAUUUAAUACAUAUAAAGUAAAAUAUUGUAUAAAUGUUGAGUAUCAUGUGAUCGGUUAACAUAUCUGUUGCAUAUAAAAUCGCUUGUUAUUCUCUCGUUGUGAACUAAAACGACGUCCUGUUAUAAUAAUUAUAAUAUUUGUGUUUCAAGUGUAUGUGUGUACAACAGACUAUUGACAAUCUGUUUACUAUGUCUUUUUUCAUUAUUUAUGAGCUUAUUUUCUAUGUGUAUGUCUUAAUGUUAAUAUUAAAUAUAACUUAAUUUUUUCUAAUUCAAUUUUUCUUUAUUUCUCAAUCUCUUAUUUCUUUUGUUACUCUCGACUGACUGACUGACCGACUUAUUUCCUGACUUGUAGACUUGUAAAUCGACUGAGGAUGAUCACGUCAUACUUUUUUGAGUAGGAUAUUUAUUUAGACAAUACUUUUGACUGUGACAUGACGUCUUCAAAGGCAAGUUUGAUAUUUAAUGUCUAAUAAUAACAAGUUUUGUAGAUACACACACUUGAAACACAAGUACAUGUCACAGAUAACGUAAUUAUAUGAGCAUAGUUCGGCUAGAAAUGUAAAGUUGGUUGUUAAGUCGUAGUGGGCACCUGUAGGGACAAUAUUCAGAGUUGUGAAACAUUCCAAAACUUGAGAUUAUUACUUAUACAAACACAAUUUAGUCUAGAAUAACGUUCAGUUUGAUUGGAACAAAGAGAAAGUUAUUUUAUUGUGAAAGUUUAGAGUUCAAAUUACAUUGGUCGGUGGCAUUUAUGUUAAAUGUUGUCUUGAAAUAUUCCCCACAGCUGUCCAUGGUUAAGCUAUAUCCUACAAUAUGUUUUCCUUCAUAUUUUGACUUCGAACAUUGGCGUGACAAAUGUAACUAUUUGUAAAAAUUAUCAAGUUAUAUCAUGUCUUGACGAAACAUUUAAGAUUUAAUAUAUUAUUUUUAUUAAUCAGUAUUUUAACUUUGAUUUAUACAUAUUAACAGAUAAUUCCUACGUAUGGUGCUUGAAUUCGCUAGGCCUUCAACUAGGCAUGGUAUAACUCGAUAGAUGGCAGGACCAAGGAGUUCAUUGCUCGUGCAUAGUGCCGCAUCUAUUGUACCGGGUUUUUCUUGCUAAUCGUAGAAGGAGACUCACUCGUCUCCCUCAGCUUGUCAAUGCUUUGUUUAAUAACCGCUCAGGAUUAUGCGCAUAGGCAAAUUUGACUUUAAGUGGGCGGGAGCAAAGCUCUCACUCGCAUUUUUAUGUCUUUUUCACAUUUCCAUGUUACGGUGGCCAGUUAGUACUGAACGUAAUAUUACAAGUUUAGAAAAUUGAGUGUUGCUACGUUCAGUGCAAUCUGCCACAGUGAUAGGAUUUGUGGUUUAUUAUUGGACGACUAGCAUGCUUAGGGCUGGUGAGAUAAAUUUCUAUACACAGACAUUUACUCUUACCAUAAAUAUUGUAAUUUAUUUUAUAAAAACAUCAUCGUCCUUUAAAAAUCGUAAAACAACUGAUUUUUUUUAAUAUUAAUAAAAAUAGUAAAACUACUUAAAGACUAUGUAACUAUGUAAGUUUUUCAAGUCAGUACAUUAUAAUACUUGAUGUUUUGUAAUGGACUUAUUUAUUAUGUUGUGAUAGUACUCGCAUGCUACUCGAGUGUAGUCCCGCGACCUCACGUGACGUCACGCCCGCUAUCUUCCAUUCUGGAAUGGCCGCUUGGUAUUCCAAUGAUCAUCUAUCCAUUGUGUUGAUUGAGUUCACGUUGCAUGCUAUGAAUCAUAGAAUGGAAUAUAGAGCGUUGUGCGCUCCAAAUAUGCGUAAAUUUUUUGUUUGUAAUUUGAUCUAAUAACCACAAUUUAUAAUGUCUGCGAAAUAAUAAAUAAACGUAACCCGAACGUGUUUUGUCGUUUAAUAUCUGCUCAUCUGGUGCUAGGUGUAGACUUUGCUUUUAACCUUAACCCCUAGGGUCCUUGAACGACAUUUAUUGUGUUCGCUUUUAUUUCAAGAAGAUAACGAUAAUUUUGGUUUCUUUCUUGUCAUGAAUAGUGCGGGGAACGUGGGCUGUGACCGUUACUGGACAGAAUGGCUCGGAUAUUCUCACAAAGCUAAAUCUAACACAGUUAUGUCAUUAGGAGCUAGUUACACUUACUUUGGAACAUUUGUUUUGUAGCUAGAGUCCUAAUUUAAAAUUUCAAGUGACUAUGAACUCUGUUUACAGUGAUGUUUGAGUCGAUAGUUGUGUGAAUAUGCGAGUGUAUUCAAGUUGCCCACUCCCGCGGCUCGGCUCGGCUCUAGCGCUCGUUCCGAGGAGACUAUGUAUACUGUAGCUUACAACAUAAUUAGAUAGCGCUUAUUAAUAAAUAAUUAAAACAAAUCGGCACUCUGUAUCAGAGUGGCUGCUGCGCCGAUGUUUGAUCGUACUGAACAAAAUCUCUCUUACUAUAAUUAUUAUACUUUUUUGAAUAAUUGUAAUAUCGUCGAGAUUGUAACCGCGUUGGGAUGAAUUAGUUUUUGUAUAGAAGCGUUUGGAUAAAUGAACAAGUGUUGAAUGCUGGUGCGGCGUGUUCCCGCUCUAGUUGUCUAGUUAAAUGCUUUAUUAUAAACUUUAUUUUAACAUCGCACAUUAUAAUAAAUUAAUCAAAAUUG